AUGGAGGAACAAUCAUGCAGCUCAAUGGAUCUGACUGCUAAAGAUUUUUUUGAGAGUGGCUCUUUCUAUGAAUUCGCAAUGGAAACCGGUUCGGAACCGGCCCCGUUUGAUUUGUUUAGGCAUGUUGAGAAAAGUGAAAAUCUAAACCUUGUUUCUCAUCAGAUUGUGGAAGUUGACCUGGCAAUUUUGUCCAAAAAGUCUGGUAAAAAUAUUCCCAGGGGCAAUUAUUUUUGGCCUUGCGAAGUAGCGUGUUCUACUGGAGUCACCAUUAAGCUCAGAUGGUGUUAUCCAUCAGAAAAAAAUCACUCGGAACUGACUGCAAGGUGGGAGAGAGACCAAAAAAAUCAUUCCUUUUGGAUGCUGUUUAGUAAUUUAUUCUGGGAAUUAGUACACCCAAUCGGAUGGGCCGAUUCUCAUGGAGGAUCGUGGAUUCAUCCCUCUCAAUUGUCUGCCAUCGAGGUGCCUCGUCCUCCGCCAUGCAAAAAAUCAAGACUUUGGUACUCAGCUAGCAAUCCCGAAUUUAUACGAAAGACUACAUCAUUUCCUGCUCCAAAAAUUAUUUUUGAUAAAAGAGCGAUAUUUUUGCGUGACAUCGUAAACGUUGGUGACUAUCUUGAAUGCAAGACCCUCUCUGAUCCCUCCUCGGUGUGGCCUGUCCGAAUCCUAAAAAAGUACGGUGGGCGUCUUGUCGUCUCAUGGCUUGGAGUUGAUGUGCAGUUCAUAACCACUUCCAGAGCUUAUGUUUGCCGUAACGUCAUGAAUGGAAAGUGUGCGGAUAAUCCAGUUUUUUCUAUUUUUAUGUGGAAUCCGCGAAUUCGCCCUCUAGGAUGGAGUUUGUCACACUCUUUGGUAUACAAACCCCCACACGGACUUGCGAUCCCUCCAGUCGAAAUCACUCAAGACUUUGUGAAUUCGCUCUCACCCAUUAACGACGUAACUCCCUGGAAAGGUCUUUUUCUGUUCGCUCCUGAACCCCCAAAACACACUUUUAGUGUGGGUACAAAAUUGGAAGCGUUUGACAAUCUAAGACCCGAGGGUGCACGACCGGCCACCGUUACAAAGAUUCUUUCUGAUCGCUACUUUUUUGUACGAUUUGAUGCCCUUCCCGUAGAUGGUUCGACAGUGUUCACUGAACCCCGAGAGUUCAUAGGACAUGCAGGUAUGCCUCAGAUAAUGCCUCCCAAAAUGUGUGAUUAUUAUGGGCUUCGACUGCUUCCUCCUGAGAACUGGCCUUCUGACAAACCAUUUUGUUGGCAUGCUUACGCCCGGAUGUUGUUAAAUUUAUCUAACACUUCUUCAAGUCUACCUUCUUAUUUGAAAGUAACGAACGAUUCCUACCAGUCGCUUAUGAGGCACCUGUCUGUUUCGAUUGAUCGGUUCUUUACUACGGCUUCUCCGAGGUCAAAGAAUCCACAGGAAUUUCAGCUUGAUACUUAUUCACCGUUGCGAAAUGUGGGCGCCUUUGGCACUGCUCGUUCACGACGGUUGAAGACGAACUCGGCUGAUAAUUCAGGUCUGUGGGCAUCAAGGGAUUUUUGUCCCGGUAUGAAACUUGAAAUGGCUCUUCCUUCAUUUAUGUGGGAGAGCAUUCACUUGUCACCGAACGGCGACCUAGAGUUCCACGAAAACCCCAUUUGUACAGCCACUGUGAUACGCUGCCAGGCAGGUUUGCUAUGGCUUCUACCCGAUCUCCCUGAAAACUGGAGUUCUCAUGCCUGUUCAGAGCAUCCCAUAAACAAGCCUGUUGUGAUAGAGUCAUCUUCUACAUCUCUCUACCCUCUGGGCUGGAGCCGAGCCAAUGGCCAUCCCUUCGUUCCUCCUUCUUCCUAUUUGAAACCUACUCCCUCGCAUUUAGAAGACCCACCCAUUUGGAGGAACUACAGUGGAUUGAAGCAAUCGUUCCUACAAAUUGUGGGAAUUGCCGAGAUUAAGUCAUUUUAUGCUAGAACAGAAGUCUGUCCUCGCAUAUAUCUAAACGCGUCGUGCUCUACUGGACCACACAUACUUAAGUCGAAAUUUGACUCGCUUCCGAGGGUGUUUGGUCCAGGUCCUGUAGAACGCACCCUGGUCGCAAUGCUCUUUCGGCUGGCUAACGCUAUUGACAAGCCAGUUCGGGUGUUGAGAGGCCUGGAGGCGGACUGGGUGACUAAACUCUCUAACAAUGUGUGCAGCAUCAAUUGGAAACGACGCAAGGAGGCCAUGAGGUCCGAGGGUCUGAGGCGGUGGCAUUCGGGCAUGGAACUUACUGCCAUCCGCGUUCGAUGUCCUCGCAAAGGCACUCACCUAACCAUGCCCUUUGAAACUUGUAAACGGGCUCGUGCCGUUGACGAAUUUUGUCGACAGAUAUGUAUUGGACUUGAGGCCUGCCCCUUUCUACUGAGUACGCGCCGACUGGAUGCAUCAGGAGGCUGUCCUCUCAAAUGUAAUGAUCUUAUCAAACCUCAUCGUGUGGCCACCGAAAAUUUUCCUCCAAUGGUCCUCAUAACCGAUGAUACAAUUGUCUCUACGGCCUGUCUUCUCAACACAGAAAUGCGUAUUUCAAGGGGCAAUAGCCGUCGUCCGCUGGUUGUUUCCUCGCGGCUACUUACAUCGCGAUCUCUCUUACCCUCAUUACUGUACAACUGGAAUCCAAUUACUUCAAAUCAGGACUGUGAUACUCCAGAGGAAAAGGAUACAAGACCGUUGAAAAGAUCCAGAGGUCGAAGGGUGUCUUCGCGAGGCGUAAAUCGUACAGUUGAUACGAGGGGGAACCGGAAUAACCAAUUUUAUUUAUUUUUAAAUGGAGAUGCCUCUCUUAUACAAAGUGUGGAGGUACCAACGUUGACUAGUGACCCCAUUAAAUGGAGUCCCUUGGAUUUGGCAGCUUAUUUAACAACGACUGAUUGCAACGAUCUCUCAUCAUGGCUGGCAUCACAGGCUGUGGAUGGUCAAUCCUUCAUGCUCCUCCCUCCCGCUCACGAACUGCACACAAAAAUGGGUCUUCGAUGGGAACUGGCGGUCAAAAUAGCUCAUCAUGCUCACCGUCUUCGGCUGGCUUACAUGAAGCAGUACUAUAAAAAUCCCUCAUAA